AUGCUGCAUUAAAUUUAAGAAGAAUAAAAAAUAUAAUAAAAUGAAACAUAACAUUUAUUAGAAAUAGAAAAAGAAGAAAAUAGGUAAUUAUAAAAAAACUACUAUUAAUAAUAAAAAUAAUAAUAAUAAUAAUAAUAAUAAUAAUAAUAAUAAUAAUAAUAAUAAUAAUAAUUAUAAUUAUAAUAAUAAUAAUUAGAAUUAGAAUUAGAAUUAAAAUUAUAAUAAUAGCAACAAUAAUAUUCUCCUAUAAAAUACAAUCCGCAUUCUUAUGCUGUUUUAGAUUCUACUUAUUUUAAAUGCAUUUAAAGAUCUAAAAAUUUGCUUUCGAAAAAUGAAAGUAUUUUAAAUAAUAUCAAGGCUAGUUAUUCUUUAGAAAGAUAAUAGUCACUAAAUUUAAAUAAUUCAUCAUUUUUAAAUUAAAAAAAAUAAUAAUUUUAAACCCCUAAAGAUUAUAAUAAUUAAUUUUUUGGAGUUAAAAAGGUUCAUUCAAUUUAACCUUCAUUUUUGUAAAAUUAAAAAAAAUAACUUAAUUUUUUCUCGUACGUUAAUUCUUUACCAAGAUAUGAAGGAGAAAAAUUAGGCAAUUUAAGACAUGGUAGAGGUAGAUAAUUUUAUUCUAACGGAGAAAUAUACGAAGGGGAAUGGAAAAGUGACAAAAGGCAUGGAUAUGGAAUACUUAAAGAUUAAAACGGAGAAACAUAUAAUGGAAAUUGGGAAUUUGACCUUUAUCAUGGUUAGGGAAGAUUAAGGAAUUCUUAUUGUGAAAAUCUACAUAAAGAAUUCUAUUAUUAAGAUUUUGGACUUCUUAAGAAUUAUUGGUUAUCAUAUAGUGGAGAGUUUAAAAAUAAUAAUUUUUAUGGAUUAGGUACUUUAGUACUUUCUAAUGGUGAAAAAUUUUUGGGCAGUUUUUUGGGUGGAAAAGUACAUGGUGAAGGUACUUUUUAUAAAAAAAAUGGAGAAAUAGAAGUAGGAUUUUGGUAAAAUAAUAAAUUUUUAGGAAAAAUAUGA